AAUGAGUAAAAUAGUUUCCAUAAGAAGAAAAAAAAUGUUUUCUGAGGAAAGAAAAUGUUUUCGAAGGACAGCAAAGUUUAAGCCAAUAAGCAAAACAAAAGCUGAUGCUUGUCGCGACUGUGUUCGUCAAGAAUCUCCAGGACGAACCCAAUCUUCUCUCUCGAAGCUGUCUAAAAUUAAUCAAUCAAUCAUUGAGCUAAUCAUAUUCUAGGUUAAGUAAAAACAGAGUAAACCCUCUCUUUUUUUCUCUUUCUCUGCCUUUCUCAAUUUCGUUUCGUCUCCUUCGUUCUUCCAAUUUCCGUCUGAUUUUAUACGAAAUUUGCAUUGAUAUCGAAGUAAAAUCGAAUACCCAUGAUUCAAAAUUUCAUUUUUUAUGCGACUGAUUCCUCAAUUUUGAUUUUCCGGUGAUUUCUAGGGUUUUCUAUUAGGUGGGUGUUAUUUAUCAUUUGAUGGGUCAUUUACUGAUGAUUUUGCAGGUUUUUGUUUUAAGGAUUUGUGUAGACUUUCAUUGCUGCUACGUUUUUGAAAGGGUAAUUUGAAGGGCUUAGCUUCCCAAAGGCACUAGGUGGCAAUCUUAUCCAAGAUGAACAGUCAAAAUCCUGAUGAUCAUGAGGACACAACGGUUGUGGGAUUUGAAGUACCUGUAUCACCGGUUUCAAGUUACAACAAUGUGUAUUCCUCAACCGAAGAUGAGACAAGAGAUCCUCCAGCAGUACCGCCACACCUUCAACACUCUCUAUUAGGCAAUCAGGGUAGCAUGGAACUGGCUUAUGCGCCACAGAAUGUUGUCCUGAACCACCUCUAUAUCGAGAACCGAGACGCCCCAAGAUCUGUUGUAGCACUCGGUUUCUCGCAUCGGUUCAGGACUAAGUUUGUCACUGUGGUGAUAUACAAGCCUGUCCAAAGAAGAGGGAGCGCCAAUGUUUGAAUAAUGAUACCUCUUUUUAAGUAGUGUUGGGAAUUUGCUUCUUUAUGGAUUGAAUUUGGUAUACAAAACCAUCUGGUCCGUACUGAAUUUUAUUCUUCUCUUACAGAUUCGAUUUAGACGGUUUCUAGGUACAUUCGAUUGAAAUCAUCUUCUUGUUCGGAGUUUAUAUAAAAUCUCCAUGCAUUUUUAUUUUUUAGGCCCAAAAAAGCUGAUAGACGUGGGCAUUGUUUGUUUGUAAUAACUCCCUUAGAUUGGGUUUAGUUAAACGAGCCCAAAUAUCGCUAAUGAAGUUCUUUACUUGCU